UGUUUGGUUGGGUUACGCAGUGAGUGAGGGGUUGUUGUUCCGUUGAAUUGAAUGAAUCCCUUGGUUGGCUUAGGGUAGGUCGGGUCCUUUCUUUGUUUACCUUAUCCCACCACACCACAUCAUAUCACACAUCACGCUCUCGUCUAUUUUAUUUCCCAUUUUCUGAAUCACUCACUUCACCACACUCAAAACACAGCACAACAAAACAACAAAAGGCUCUGAGCAGCAGGGAAAUUCUGAGAAUUAGGGGAAUGGAAAACAACCAGCAAGGGGGCCAAGGGCAAUCGGGAGCGUACCCCGGCGCGGCUGCCGGAAGUGCAGGUGCAGGUGCAGGAGCGCCCCCCUUUCAGCAUCUCCUCCACCAGCAGCAGCAGCAGCUGCAGAUGUUCUGGUCCUACCAGCGUCAAGAGAUCGAGCACGUCAACGACUUCAAGAACCACCAGCUGCCCCUCGCUCGCAUCAAGAAGAUUAUGAAGGCCGAUGAGGACGUCCGCAUGAUCUCGGCAGAGGCCCCAAUCCUCUUCGCCAAGGCAUGCGAGCUCUUCAUCCUUGAGCUCACCAUCCGCUCCUGGCUCCACGCCGAGGAGAACAAGCGCCGCACCCUCCAGAAGAACGACAUCGCCGCCGCCAUCACCCGCACCGACAUUUUCGACUUCCUUGUUGACAUCGUUCCUCGCGACGAGAUCAAGGACGACGCUGCGCUCGUCGGGGCCACUGCUAGUGGCGUGCCCUACUACUACCCCCCCAUUGGCCAGCCUGCCGGCAUGAUGAUUGGCCGUCCCGCCGUUGAUCCCGCCACCGGAGUCUACGUCCAGCCCCCGUCCCAGGCCUGGCAGUCUGUCUGGCAGUCCGCUGCCGACGACGCGUCCUACGGUGGCGCAGGCGGAGCCGGUGCGCAGGGGAGCAUUGAUGGCCAGAGCUGAGUCACUUGCAAUGAUGCACAAAUGAAGGACUGUCAGGAGUUAUGAAGAUGCUGAACUUGCUUGGAAUUUUGAUUGUUUCGAAUUUAGAAAUGGUUUUUGUUAACUAAAUUUUAUGGGAUGACAGUAUGAACCUGUUAACUUGAUGAACAACAGCAUGAUUUAACGAUUUAUGUACAAAAAUUUAAAACUAAACAUUGUUGAUCCUUCUGUGUGAAACAUGCUUGAACAUGCUAAUCA